AUGUGGAUACUUGCUACCUACUACCCUAGUGAUGAUGAUGAUGACGAGAGUGCUAGCCAUGCUGGUGAUGAUGAUGCACAAAAUUCUUCAGAUUCGGAGAUUAUACCCACAGUGUCUGAUGGAAUUGUGUUGAAUAAAGGCAAUUUUAGACAUAAUUAUGAAGUUCUUGAGAAGAAGAAAGGCAUGCUCAUCCCAAAAUAUCGACAGAAAAACACAAGUAGUAAAAGUCUUGUACCAUGUGAGUUUUGUCUGGGAAUGUAUUCACGAAAAGUGCUCUGGGAACAUCAGACCCGAUGUUGCAAGCGACCAACUGAUGCAAAUACUAAAGGAAGAUCCGGAAUACAAAGUGGAAGACUGCUGCUCCCUGUAGAGUCCGCAAAUAGAAAUCUGUAUAAAAAUGUUCUCGUUAGGAUGAUUGAUGACAACAUCAAACCAAUCAUUGAGGGAGACGGGCUCAUCAUGAAGCUGGCAAACCGCUUGUAUGCCAAGUAUGGGCAUGAAUCCCAGAACCACCAGUACAUAUCCCAGACACUGAGGCAAGUUGGUCGAUUACUCUCUGUCACCAAAAAACUAGGAACUCCACUUCAUACCAUCGAAGAAUGUUUGAACCCUGGCAACUGGGAAGUACUAAUUGAAGGCGUUAAAAAUUUGGCAGAGUAUGAUGAAGAAACUCACACUUAUACCAGACCAAGCCUAGCUUUGAAGGUUGGAUACAGCCUCAAGAAGUGUGCGAAGAUAUUAAGAUCUGAGUCUUUGAUGACAGAUGAUGAGGUGAAUUUGCAAAAAAGGAAUGCUGCCACAAACUUCUUGACCCUGUAUGAGGAUGAUUGGGGUGACCGUAUAUCAGCAAAGGCUCUGUCAACAAUGGACACAAACAGAUACAACUCUCCCAAACUUCUGCCACUGAUGACUGAUGUUGUGAAAUUGCAAACCUACCUACAGAAGGAAGCAAAGGCUGCUGCUCAGGAAUUGGCCGAGGGUACCGACAGCUACGCCAGACUUGCGAAACUGUGUUUAACUCAGCUUAUUCUUUUCAAUAGGAGACGUUCAGGUGAAGCGCAGAGAGUACAGCUUUCAGAACUAAACAAGGCUUUAAAAACUGAACAUGAACUAGAAGAGGAGGACAUGUGUAAGGUCCUUUCGAAGUUCGAGAUGCACUUACUGAAAAGCCACCUCAAAAUUGAGACAAAAGGAAAAAGAGGAAGGAAAGUGCCCAUUCUUCUACCUGACACUUUGGCCAGCAGAAUCAGGUGUUUAGUCGAGCAUCGUGAGAAAGCUGGUGUGAUGAGCAACUUUGGAAGGAAAGGUGAGGGUUAUACUGUACAUAGUGAACAUGUAACAAUUAUGGUCGCCGUAGGUAACUUGGACAGUUGGACAAUAAGCAAAUCUCAACAGAUGUUUUCCAUAUUUACAGAUAAAGCCAUUGCACAGAGCCAGAGUGACUUGCUCGCCGGGAAAAAGUCCAGGGGAGCUAAUGCUGUACCCUCGGUGUCGGCUGAGGACAGCUGGUUAAAGCUUAUAGCCUCAUGGAAAGAUGUGAAGAAGUUCUAUAAUGCUGACAACAGCUUGCCGGUGAAAUUAGCACCAAAAAUCACUGCAAAACAUAUAUCUGCCACCAUUUUUACCGAUGAGGUGUAUGCUGGGAUGCACAUUCUGGCAUCCAUUGGGAGACUCGGGAGCCAAGCACACAUGACAGCGGACUUUCUAAAACUAGUCAAUAAUGUGUUUGACCUUCUCAAUGUGAGGGCAUAUGGAAAGACUGCUGCACCAUUCACGGAACACAGCGACAAGCAGCUGAACACCCUACUGGAUCUGAAAGCUCAGGUUCAGAAAUGGCACAUGAUAGUGAAGGGGAAGAAGUACAGACCACCUUCAUUUGAUGCUCUUAUUGAAGACUUCAAUGUUGUCAUAUCAAUACAUGAAGAUUUGGUGGUGAAAGGGCCUUUGGAGUUUUUGCUUACUGGGCGCCUGAACCAAGACUGCAUAGAAAACGUUUUUCCCCAGAUAAGAUCGAAAGGAGGACACAGGUUUAACCCAUCUGCACGAGAGUUCCGCUUUGCCUACAGAAACCUGUCGUCAAAUUUUAUAUUGGCGAGCCUUCCAUCUGCAAACUGUGUCUAUGACAACGAUAUAAUGCUCAGCCGUUUAAGGCAUCUAUCCAGUGAAGCAUGUAGCAUACAUGAAGAUCACUCACAGAAACCAGCAUCAAAACGCCCUAGGACAAAGCAGUCGUCUGUUGCACAGAAAGAACUCGAGGUUAUUGCAACUGCGGACUUUGAAACUCCUGCAGAAGUGACCAAUGCUCUUGCGUACAUAUGGGUAACACGUAAUUACAUGGUGGCGGCGGUGGGAUUCGAACCCACGCCUCCGAAGAGACUGGGCAGCGGUUAUCGGACUACAACGCAGCUGUUAAGUGAACUAGAAUGGUUAACAGGCCAGUGCAAGGUGACGUCCAUUCUCAUGGACAGAAUUGUGUUGGGUGUACGAGACACAGCGACCCAGCAAGCUUUACUGAAGGAGCGCGAGCUGACGCUGGAGCACAGCAUCAAUAUCUGUAGAGCCGCGGAGAAUGCCACGAGGCAAUGUCAUGCUCUACGGCAGGAGACGAUUCCAGAUUCUGUUAGUAUGGACGGCAACUUAAGAACCGACAUUGUAGAUGCUGUUGAUAGGUCUCUUGGAAAUAACAGUAGCUUUCGUUGCAGUGACAAAGUCAUUGUUUAUGGCACUCAGUACAAAAAGGGCAUGGUUGUUUUAGAACGAUAUGACGAUGAAGGGCUGUCUGUGAUUCAAAUGGAAUUCAGUAUUGCAGACUUGAUCAUGACCGAUGAUAUGGAAAGUGUGGAUCUAGUGCGGGAAAUAGUCGCCAAAGCACUGCCUUACAAGAAAGGUGAGACGUUGGACGAAAUAGUCGAAAAAUUGAAAGAAGAUGGUUUGAUGGAUGAAGAGGACUUCAAAUUUUUACAAGAAGAGGACCUUUUAAAGAUACUCCCGGCUGUCCAGGCAAGGCGAUUGAUUGCAUUUGUCAAGGCUAAGGACUUUGUGAGAUCCACGAAUCCUACUUCUCCUACCACAUGUACCAGUGACGACACAGACGAAAUCAGCAUUUCUCCUGUUGGUUCGCCGUCCACUUCAGGAUCAUCUUCACCUGUCGUGCCUUGCUUCGCUUCACCUAUAUCUGGUCCGGACUGGGAGACAUAUGCAAUUCCCUGGGAGAAGUUGCCCCCCGACUUCAUGGUGGCAUGUCGAAAAGGCAGGGCUCCAGAGCCCAGUUCCCGGAGAGAGAUGGUUCGGAUUUUUUCGAAAGACAUUAGAAGUAGGAAGAACCUUCCUGGAAGGGCGGCAUUGAGGACCCUAUCAAAGAGGAUGGUGGCCCUCUAUCCGCGUUCAUUUGAGAAUCGCUUACCGAAUGGGGUACUCGUUGACAACGGGAUUGUUGGUCUCGUUACUGCCUUUGAGAACUGUAUUUUCAAUUUGAUGCGCUCCGAUAAAGCAACCCAUACGGCAUGUACGGCCAGGUUCCUUUUGAAGAGAUUGGAUGCAAAUGUCGGUGAGAAUGCUGAAUUGGUGCAGCCCGUAAAGAAGAUAAAAAUUGUGCAUGACAGCUAUGGAUGUGUUAAUUGGCAGCCGGGAAAGUUCGACGAGGGAGAAAAUGAUGAGACCCAAACGCAAAAACAGGAGUGGUUGAAAACGGAAAAUGAAAAACCUAUUCCAGAUAUGAAAAACGUGAAAGAGUUUAUGAGUAGCACGUACCCUAGCCAGUGGCUCUUCCUUAAUAGGUCUAGUUCACCUUCUACCACUGAAGUUAUGAAGGAAUGGCCAUUCCUGUUCAAUUUCGAGUGCAUGAUGGCUCAUUUCGAAACUCUAAUGGGCUUUGGCUUGGAAGAAACUCUUGCGAACAACCUACAAGAUAAUGUGGAUGGCAUGUGUGAGUUCUUCGAAGAACUGAGUUUCUCUUCCAAGAACAAACUCCUCCGUAAAUGUGUGAAGGAUAUGAAGCAGUAUGAUGGAAAUGGUGACGGUCAUGGCGGUGGGAUGCAACGAUUGGUUGGAGCUAUACUUUGCCUCAUAGCCUACUUCGGAGAGGAGGAGUCGAUAAUGUGCAUAUAUUUUGAGGUACCUGAUAUUGCCACUGCGAAAGACGUGGAAAACGCACAUAAGAUUCCGACUACACCGUUCAUUGCUGUUCGAGGUCCCAAUGCCUUUCUGGCAAAGCGUUUCUUUCUUGUCAUUGACAAGAAAGUGGUCAAUGAUGACCUGCACAGUUUCAUGGAUGCCCUCAAGUCUCUCUUCGCAUCGUUCUACAUUUUGAACAUUCGAUACUCUCCAGGGAUCGCAGUGACAUUGGAAUUCAUGCAACGAAUUCUUGCAAUGUUGAAUCCAGGGAAAAGAGAGCAAGACAGGGAAAACUGUCAUCAACCCAAGGAUUUCCUCGCUGCUCAACAAACUGAAGAACGCCACCAGCCGCUGGAAUGUCGACAAAUUUACCUCCUAAUUGUACCACCUGCCGUGCCUUGCUUCAACGAUAUCUAGUCCGGACUGUGAGACGUAUCAAGAGUAGAUAAUAACACAAGAGUGAGACACCCGAUUCCCGCAUUUUUAACCGAUUUUU